CGGAGUCGAAAAGUCGUACGAGCAACGAAGCGGUAAUAAUACCGAGUUAUCACCAUCGAACCCUCCAGCUCCCGUUUCUUCAUCUGCAGGUGCUCGAAUUAUGAUUUCUCGGCGGCGUUUUGUUAAACACUUGGGGAUUUCCUUACACUAACUGCCUUCGCUAUUCUCCUAACUGUAUAACAAGCUAUACAAGUAUUCCCUCCAUGUCUACCAGAGGCAGCGUUCUCCUCAUUGACGGGGAGCCCUGUCGAUCCCUUAAUGGAGUCUGCGCAUGCACAAGGAAUAGCUAUGUCGUCAAUAUCCCAGAGCCGCGAAUAAAGGAAGCUCAGGUCCAAUUUGAUACAAGCAGCUCCAACCGCCGCCACCAAGCCGCGCCCUUCUCCGCCUUCCUACGCGUCCCUCUCGACUGGUUCCACUCUACCACGACCGGCUUCUUCUCCGACGAGACGCACACCUCGAUCCGCCGGACCUACGACGCGCCCAACGCGCCCGAGCAUACGCGCCGACAGUUCUGCGGGUACUGCGGCACGCCACUGAGCGUGUGGAGCGAAAGCACGAGGGAGGACGCCGACUUCAUCAAUCUGACGCUGGAGAGUCUGGUGGACGGAGAGAUCUCGGUGCUAGAGGAGUUGGGGCUGUUACCUUCGGGAGAAGAGGAGGAGGAGGUUGGUGAACUGCAGGCAGUACGGGCUUCGUCGAGUGGAGAGCAAUUGGUGGCGAGAAAAGGGUCGCCGUGGUUCGAGGAGAUGGUGGAUGAUGGGCGGUUGGGGAGGGUCAAGCGGCAGAGGGGAGGGCACAUGUUGGCGAAUGGGCGGCCCGAAGUCGAGUGGGAGGUUGUCGAGUUUACGAAUGGGGACGAGAGUGGCAGGAACACGCCGUCGAAGAGAAAAAUAGGGCAGAUGAGCGACGACAUGGACAGGUGAUACGCAUAAUGAUAAUGGCGCUAUGGGAAUAAAACGGUUGGGACUUUCGAUCAGCGCGCAUUUAUGGGGGUUCGGAAUUCGGUGGCGAUGUUUACCACAAUGAGGAGUUGAAAAAUGUCGGUUGAAGUACUGGCAUUGGAAUACAUAUUCCGUGUUUCAGCAUAUCAAUCGAAUGUUUCCUGUCGUUCAAGCCUAUCUUGUGACACGUAUAUGCCUAAUAUGUACCUAAACUUCCCUAUUCGGCAUCUGAUCAUAAUUGUAAACGCU